ACGGACGUCAUACAGUUAGAAACAUUUGUAGGCGGUCGAUAAGGCGCGAAGGCACGCGUUUAUUCUCUGCGCGCGUUAUAUAAUUAGGAAAUUUCAGUUUCAUCGUUGUUAUCAAAUUCGUUGUUUAAUAACGUGUACCGAGAGAUUACAGUGAGACAAGUAGAGACGGAAGAAGAGAGAGAGGAGGGGGAGAGAGAGAGAGAAAGAAAGAAAGACAGUUUUCGUCGGGUUGCUGUAGGAGUGGCAGACGCAACUGAGCUUUAUCGCUCUUAGAGCGAGACAUCAAACGCAGCAGGCAACAUUUAUAAAUAUUGCACGGGGAAAAUGGUGUACAUUAACGUCGCCGUUUGCCUGUCAGUUCUUCUGCUUGUGAUCGGAUUAUCCGUGGGGCUGAGCGUGAACACCUUUAAAGGGCGAGAUGCUCUCGACUCGACGCCUCUUAUCGAUGGCCACAACGAUUUGCCGUACAAUCUCUAUGCGAAGUUGAACAACCACUUAUCGGGCUUCCGUUUCGAAAGCGAUCUAAGCAACGACGAUGUCUGGGGGAAAACCGCUUGUCGUUCGUGUUUCACUGAUCUACCUCGCUUGAUUAAGGGAAAAGUGGGUGGACAGUUCUGGGUAGCGUACGUAUCAUGCUCAUCGCAAUACAAGGAUUCCCUACAGCUGACGCUACGACAGAUCGACGUGAUCCGGCGAUUCAUUCGGCGAUAUCCGGACAACCUGCAAUUGGUCACCGCCGCGGGGGACAUCGAGACCACGUGGAGGAGCGGCAAAAUAGCGUCCAUGAUAGGCGUCGAGGGUGGCCACUCCCUCGACUCGAGCCUGGCGGUUCUGAGGCUGUACCAUGACCUCGGUGUGCGUUACGUUACACUGACUCACACCUGCAACACCCCGUGGGCUGAUGCGUCGACCGUGGACGACGGAUAUGUAUACAAUCUGACGGAAUUCGGGCAGGCGGUGGUUUACGAGAUGAACCGAAUCGGAAUGCUGGUCGAUCUGUCUCACGUCUCUCACAACGUCAUGCGGGAAGUGCUCGCAAUAACGAGGGCUCCCGUUAUAUUCUCGCACUCGUCCGCUUUCAGCGUGUGCAACCACUACAGAAACGUUCCCGAUGAUGUCCUGCACUUAGUCAAAAAGAACAAUGGUAUCGUUAUGGUGAACUUCUACAGCGAUUUCGUCAACUGCAAUUCUUCGAGGAACGCGACGAUGGAGGAUGUCAUAAAGCAUAUAAAUCACAUUCGAAAUCUUAUCGGGCCGGACCACGUUGGUAUCGGUGGAGAUUACGACGGUGUAAGCUCAAUGCCGGUGGGAUUGGAGGACGUCUCAAAGUACCCCGAUCUGUUCGAUCGUUUGUAUGAGAGUCGAGAGGGUGAGCCAACGUGGACUAAGGAGGAUUUAGAAAAAUUGGCCGGAAGAAAUCUUAUUCGAGUUUUCGAAGCUGCAGAAGCGGUGCGGGAUUCGUUGUCGUCCGAAUCCCCACGAGAAGAUACUAUAACGGGAACAGAAUUAUACGUUGCGCAAAAGAAAGAAGGGCUCGCGAAUCCAGGCUCGUGCCAAAGCGCAAUCGAAUGGGAGAACGUAAAUAUAACAGAUAUUGAACAAUCUGUGAGCUUAAGUGCUAUUAAAAGUACGCAGAUGUACAGAAGACUCGAGGUGGACGGUUGUUAAAACGUCAGAGAUCGUGUUAAAACAUGUGUAAAACGAUAUGUGAUAUUUUGUUAACACACAGUUAACAUUAAAAGGCAAAGUAUCCAAA